GUGUGGAGGGAUUAUUUCAACAGCGCAUUCCAUUGAAGAAAUUAGAUCAAAUCUUGCCUAAUUUUGUCAUAAAAUGUUUUUAUACCUAGGUUACAGAAACUACGGUCUGGUGGAAGCUUAGGGCGGAGCUUAGCUCCUACUUUUUUGUUUUGAUGCGUUUUUGUCUUGAAGCCUAUUGCUUGUAACUGUUAAGUCUGUCGAGUACUAAGCCGAUUCUAUUUCAUGGGUAGCGAGUCGAAACGGGACAUGGAGACCAUGAUUAAACGACCCGACUAAAAUUUUGCACUUCGGGCAUACUGAGCGCAGUAAGAAAUCACGCCAGGAAUUCAUCUGGGAGCAGGAGGCUAUAAACAUAUAAUUGGAGGAUUAUCCCCGCUAAAAUAAUUGGACAACUUUUUAACGGAUGUAGGCUACUGUCAUCGCGUUUUUUUUUUUUUAUUCUAGUGUGUUAGGCUACUGGAGGACAGAACAAAUUCGUUUAGCCAUUGAUUAUAGUCAGGUGUUUUUAAUGAUAAUCUCUCCAGUCUUAAUGAUUGCUAAAGAAAAUCCAACAUCUACAGACCGAUCCCUCAUCACUAUGAGAACCUUAUGACUUUGGAACGCACAAGUCAGUUUUCUUCAUUGGGGAUCAACAGACACUUGAGCUGCCACAGCCCAUGGAGGUGGUGUCGAAGCAGGAGCGGGCGGACCAAAGCAAGGCCGACGCUGUCAAGAGUGACCAGGAGGGGGACAAUGCGAUGGCCUCUGGCCACACCUGUGGUCUCUGCGGACGGAGCUUCCCUCUCCUUAGCUCGCUGUCCCAGCACAUGCGCAGGCACACUGGAGAGAAGCCGUACAAGUGUCCUUACUGCGAACACCGGGCGGCCCAGAAGGGCAGCCUGAAAGUCCACAUCCGCAGCCACAAGCUGGGCCUGUUCAGCCGAAGCCUGGGCAAGAAAGAAGAGGAAGGCAAGAAAAGGGAGGGGGAAGUGGAGGAGGAUGGGGAGCAAGGACAAACACAGAGAGACCCCCAGCAACUGCUUAGUCCCGACAACAACCUUUCCAAAGGCACCUCGGCCAAGAAGCACAAAGUCAAUGGUAAGACAAAAAAGAAAAGCACCAAGAAGAAGGACGACAACGCAGUGAUCCAGAAUGACGGCAAGGAGGACAAAUCACAAACCACGGCUGAGGGCAACUCAUUUCCGGGAGGGACCAACUGGAUGGACGAAAGGGUCGAGGAGGCCAGUGCUGGCUCCUUCCCCUGCGGGUCUUGCAGCCAAGUCUUUUCCCAGGCCCUGCUCCUCAAGGCCCACAUGAAGAAGCACCGCGGCUCCCUAGACCAUGGCUGCCGCAUCUGCGGCCGGCGCUUCCGCCAGGCCUGGUUCCUCCAGAGCCACAUGCGGAUUCAUCGGGCCAAAAUCCAGCUGCGGGCUGGGGGUGGUGACAGCGGCGAGUCCCCGACAACCCUCAACGGGGUCCUCCGGGAGCCGGCGUCCCUGGUGAACGAUGACUGUCUCUACGAGCUGUGUGCCGGCUGCGGCAACUUCUUUUACGACCGCAAGACCCUCCGGCUGCACGAGAGGGUCCACAAGCAGAGCCAUACCCCCAACAGGCCACUGCAGCAAGACCCCGAAAAUGGCUCGUCAUCACCCGCCGCCAAGAGUCGCUUCCUGGAAUGCCUUAACCUCAGGGCAGCCGGGGCUGGAGAGGCAGAUAUAGAGGGGAAUCUUGGAAGACGGAUCCCCGAGCUGGACCCGGUAUGCAGUUACCAGGCCUGGCAGUUGGUCACCAGAGGGCAUGUGGUUGAGGUGACAGAUAAAAGUCUAGGCUGGGAGGAGAGGCUGGCGGAUGCCGACGUGGUGUUUGACCAGGAGAAAGGCGAGUAUGUGCCGCUGAAACAGGAGAAGCGGAAGAGGCAGCUGGACUCCUCCCAAAGCAGGAAGAAGAAAGGUUCCCAGGAUGUUGUCGUUAAUGGUGGCUGCGGUGGGAUCUCCCACCAGCAUGGUGACAGUAGAAAUAGCCGCACCUUGUUGAAUGGGCUCAGCCCAGAGACGUUUGGAAUAUUGCAGAAAAAGGUGAAAGAUGGUCAUCAAGCCAGCAAGCAAGCCACCAAAUCAAACUCUUCCAGUCAGCCCAGCACACCAAGACAAGAACAUUCUCUGUCUGCCUCUUCCAUAAAGAGGAAUAAUAUCAGGGACCCAACCUAUGAAGAUACCAAGCCAUACUUCUGCGAGCACUGUGACUUCCACACCAGCGACCCUUCUUGCCUCACGUUCCACAUGCACAAGCUGCACAAGCACAUCAGGGAUGCACGUCAUCACAUACUGGAAGCAGUUAUAGAAGACCCGAGCCUCGGCACUCCCAAAGUCUCAGGUUACAUGGAAUAUCUCCGGCUGAAGAGCACACUGCUCAGCCAGCCCUACUGGAAUCCUCCUGGCCAGGAGAGGACGGCAUCGAGCGGACAGUCUGAAAAUUUGAGGAGCCUAAAGGUCAAAGGGCAAUCCUCUCAGAAAUCUAUCAUCAACGCCAGCCUCCUCAACCUGUCUGCCCCGCCCGAGGGCCAGCAGGAGGAUAGUGAUGCGAACCCUGUGGCAGCGCUGUCCGAGGGUAAGUUAGUCAGACACCAGUGUCCGUUCUGCAUCCACACCACCCAUUACCUGGAGGUGCUGUGGAUCCACCAGCGUGUGGCCCACAGGGUGGAUAGUGGCAGCUCCCUGGCCCCCAAGUGGGCCCCCUACGUCACCUGUUUCAAGGGCUCCAAGGCUGCUGGACGACGCACGGGGCCCCCGCCUUUCCUGGAAGGAAAAGACUGCCCAGCGCUCCCAGUGCCCCGGUCCCAGCGCACCAAAGCCCCAGGUUCCACUGCCACGCAACCUUCAGGUGGAGACACCAAGAGGGCAAAGACCCACACAAGCACCACAACUACUACUGUCCAGUCCAACACCAGCCAGGCCAUGGUGUCAGGGUCACGUACCUCCACAAAGUCACCCACUGGUGGUGGGAAGUUGCUCCUACCUCAAAAGAAGAGGUUGUCAAGCCUCCCAAACCAUACGGGGGAGGUGGCAAAUAAGAGCGCCCGAUCUAAAACAGAAGCCCACCCUAAAGUUCCUGCCGCCACCACCACCGCCGCCUCAACCAGCAUCCGAGGAUUCUCCCAGCAGUCGACAAGCAGACCCAAAUCUGGAAGCCAUCAUCGGGCUGCUGCCGGGGGAAGCCUGCUUCCGCAAGAGGGCCUCGGCUUUAUUCUCGCCAGGAACCAUGGCAGGGCCGACCACACAUCCCAUCUUACCCCAGACAGAACUCACUUACACCCCCAGCCCCGUCCACACCCACACAGCCAUCCACAGGAUCCCCCUGCAGCCCUGAAAGGUCAAGACCUUUGGUCAGUCACAAACAUGUUUGGGGCGCAGGGCAGCAGUGGGUACCUGGCACCCACCACCGUCUUCGGCCAUGGGAAGAGGGAGUUGACUGCUGAGGACAGCAGAGACACCCCGGUGGACAUGGACAUCCUGGGUCUGUUGAAGAACUACAAACCCCACGACCUGGCAGCUCUCUACCAGCACUGGGGCUUUGUAGAUCCCAGGCUUGACCAACAAGCGAUACUGCAGUACAAUGGACAUUUUGGAAAUGAAGUCCAUUCCUCCACGGAGGCCUCCAAACAAGUGAACGGCCGUUCCUCUACUUCCACAACCUCUCUUAGGAAGGGGACAUGAAAACUCUGCAUGCCACAUGCCCUGAAAACUCGACUUCCCAAAAUGCACUGCUGCGAGAUGAGAAGCCUGCAGUCCCUCACAGGAACCAAGCCAUGACUACAGUGACUCUUCACUUGAGGGGCCCAAUUGUCUCAAGGGACACUCUUUGUCUACAACUAACUAACCCUCCCGGACUGAUAAAGCUACCAUUACAUGUGGACGUGACAGAGUGGAAAUUCUUCCCCAACUGGGGUGUGAAUUCACAACCCUCUACACUGUAACUCAACAUAAUCAAGAAGCACCGUCAAUACCUCGGACACAGAAAGGACAAGGCGUUUCUGCAUCCAGAGUGGCAGAACUUCUCAGGAAUGCAGUAGCGAUGCACUUAACCAUCUGCUACAUCACACACAGGGCUUAGAUGUUUAUGUGGUGACAGUAUACUGACCUAAAGAUGGUGUAGUUGUUUAGCUCAUGGUGAUUGAGUUCAGGCUGGGUUAGUGAUAACUGAUUCUAAAUCAGUUGUUAAAGGGCAGAAAACCAGGAUCCCCCAGGGUGUUUUAUGUAACCUUCAAUGCAAACCCGUUUAAUUCAUGUCAGAGCAAAAAGACAAGCAAAGACUGAAACUUUCAUAUUAUAUCCCUCCAGAGAAUUGAUAGAACAUUUUGAAGUAAUCAGAUUGGUAUGUGUGUUUACUGUGAAUGUGUGUGUUAGUGUUUUAGUCAUCUGUUUAUUUGAGCUUUUGACACUUUUUUUUGUGUGUUAUUUGGAAACUGUUUGGAUUGGUCAGCCAGCUCACACAAGCAACGUUACCAUCCACCUGGAAAGCUGGAAUCUUUAAUAGUAAAACUGCCAUGUCCAUUUGUGAUAUUACAACAAGAAACAAAUUACUGCAAACAACAAACACAUUUAUUUCUCUCGGACAUCAUAGAACAGCAGCAUAUAUUCAUUAUUCUUAAAACAAACAAAAAAGUAUACCUUGAUGCACAACGCUCCCAAGCUCUGCUUCGUCCAACAAACAAAAUCAAUAACAAUGGCCAUGGGGUUGACAUGGGUUCCCUCACUGAGGAGUUUCUCCCAUCUUUAAGCAACAAUAAUGAGGCGGCUGUUUGUGGCUUACCGUCCAUCUCCAGCCAUGUUUACAUGAACAACAACGAUGCUAGACUCUGCUGACCAGGGAUGUAGUGGAGAGUACACACACAAAAUGGCAAGUAGCCUCGAGGUUGGAGCGUUGGGCCAGUAACCGAAAGGAAUACGAAUACUGGAGCCAACCAUGUGUCGGGUGUGCCCUUGAGCAAGGCACUUAACCCUAAUUGCUCCAGGGGUGCUGUACAACGGCAACCCUGAUCGUGACCCAACUCCCUGCGAGUGACUUGAGGAGUUGGGAUAUGCAAAGAAAUAUAUAUAUAUAUAAUCCAUUAUAAACAUAUUAUUUACUCACCUUUUUAAUUUGUGAAAUGACGUUUACCCACUUAUUAUUGCGUUCCCAAGCGUAGAUCAAAGCUCAGAACGCAAAUUCUCUUGAUGAGUUCUACUCGCGCCUUCCUUCUUUUAGCGAACAGCUAAACGCUGCCCUCUCGCGAAUCGCAGCACAGACCGAGGGCCAGUGAAUCAAACUACCCCAGCAGACCAACGGCAAGUGGCUAUAAAAGUAGGCAACUGGAGACGCCGCUGACAGACUUGUGGGUUUGCGAGAUGCCGUACAUCAUUGUAUUAUUUUUUUCCUAAACGUACGCGACUCCAGCCGUGUCUACAGACCUCCCUCAAACAAACAAAAAACCUGACUCUUGGAGAAUGAGUGUACAACUGGCAAAUAGUUGCGUAUAGAUAUGUCAGUCAGGUGGCAGAGACUUCUAGUAUUGCUAUAACAUUUUAAAUGAUUGAAGGGCUCUGGCUAGUGUUAGCCAGCUAGCUAGCUGGGUGAAGAAAGAAGCUAUAACAUUUUAAAUGAUUGAAGGGCUCUGGCUAGUGUUAGCCAGCUAGCUAGCUGGGUGAAGAAAGAAGCUAAUGUUAAAUGGCGCUUGACCAGAGCAGGGGCAAAAUAUAGGCUACUAUGUUCUCAUUAUAAAUUUGCUUUACAGAGAGUACUGAAAUGUUUAUAACUAACCCAAGAUAGACCAGAGCCUGUCGUUUCCAAUGGGAGCAAAUUAAUCAUAGUGGGCAGAAUAAGUAAGGAGGUGGGCAGAGCCAAGCACAAGUUAGUUUGAUCCUACUGGGGCGUUCUAGCAUUUAUUUAGGGAACGCCUACUCUGUGUGCAAUAACUACAUUUACCCUUACCCUCCUACUAAAUAACACAACUUUGGGAAAGGGUAAAGUCUACAAAACACAGUCCACUGUUACAGAUUCUAGUUUUGGAAACAUAAAACUGUAUGGAGAUCAAAUGUUUAAUCAAUUAUUUAUUUUUUGCCGAAUGUCGGCCAAAAUCCAUCUCGCUCUAUCUUCUUCCACUGCCAGCAACUAUGCUUCCUUUCAUCACCAUAUUUGGUAGUGGGUGGAAAUGCCAACCGGAUGCUUCACAUUUAUACAUCAGGUGAAAUAUCUGGCUCAUUGUUCUAUCUGUGGGACUAGUCAGACAGACGGUGGCGAGGCUGCCUGCCGGAGGCGGCAGAGGAGACACAGAGAGAGGGGAAGCAAGCAGAGAGCGAGAGGUUAGUACAGUGGUUCCCAAACUUGGGGUCGGGGCACCCUGUGGGGUCCCCUGAGAAAAUCUGUACUAAUCUUAUUAGACAAAUUAAGAACGUACAAAAAUAAGACAUUUCAAUAUCUCCCCAUAUCCUACCUUCCCUAUAGGCCUACAGUAAAAUGCAAAUAAUACAGAUAUAACAAUGUAACACGUCUUCCUGUAUUUCGUUAGUCUUCUCUUGAUCGCCCACUGGACUUUAUAGUUUACCCACCCAUUGUUUUACCACUAUGUCAAUGCUGCUGACUAUGUAUGUUCUGUCGCGUUAAGCCUGUAUAUCCACUCAAGUGGAUAUCCCAACAUUGGAAGACUGGCUUCCGUUGCUAGGGAGCACUGACCAUGUGGAACAUUUCAAACAUGGUGUUUCUCAGACCUCAGAAAGUUGUCUUCUGUUGAGGUAAGUCCACGUCCCGGGCUAUGUGAUCCAGACGGAAUGGAAAAUGAAUCCAAAACGAAUGCAUGGAAAAGGAAAGCACUAUGUAACUUACAGAUUUGCAGUGCUUCGUGCAUAUAGCUGGAUCUACACAACCAAUGGUGUUGUGGACUUGGAACAGAAGGCCACUUUUGAGGUCUGAGAACAGAAAAUGUCCCUUUAGAUGGUAAUGUGCAGUUUGACUCCAUGAAAAUGACUACUCUUCGAUGAGGAGGAUUGUGGGUCAGUCUUGGAUUGUCUGUUUCGAAAAACACUGUUCUUUAGUUCCUUUUUGCUGUGUUUUACUUUUUGUGUUUUGCUGGAUCACUGGAUAUCUGUCUUAGAAAUGGCUUCUGCAGUUUUUUUCCAAGUUAUUUUAGCUGUGCACAAGGAAAGAAAGCCAUCCAUGUUAAAGAAGUACCAAUCUUAUGUUAUUACUACGUUAUUUAUUGAAUAUUAUAUGAUAGUUAUCCACCUUGAUUGAUUGUCGUAUGUUUAAAAAAAAAAAAGUUUAAAAAAGGUCUAAUGAAUUGAAGUCAGAAUUAUAUAGAUGGUAAAACGAUAGACGUUCGUAAUAAGAAAAGGUUGGGGCUUAGUGUGGACAUGUGUUAAUCAGAACGCUUCAUGAUGAUUUGCAAUGUUCACUCAGUGCUGAGAUAUUCUGUGACUUUUAGGACUUUAGAUGAUGAGGCUGUAUUUUCAAAGUAUUUAUAUUGCAUAAUACCUGUUAGUACAAAUAAAACUUGAUAUA